GAAAAUGAUUCGGUACACCUGUACGUAGAAUUUCGGUGGAAAUCGGCAGAAACGGUGGUCAUAAAAAAGGGAAAACUUGCAAACCCCGUACCUAGUUUAGUGUACUGGUUGUUCGUAUGUUUGACUAAUUUAUUUUGUUUACAAAAAUGUUAAACACAAAGUGGGUAAUACCUAAUCGCGUUUUGACUAUUUGUACCGUUGGUAUAAUGAUUCUCAGCUUCAUAUGUUACUAGAAAUGCGAUCCUCGUAGGAAGAUGCUCCAUGUAAGAUGUCAUUGGGAUCCUGUAGGAUGCUCCAUAUAAGAUGUUACUGGAGUCAUGCAUAUAUUAGGUUUACUGGAGCUCCAGUGAAAUUGAAUCAUGUUGAUAAUACAUGGAAGACAUCAACAGGGUUUGUCCCAGCCAUGGCUUUCCAAGAAGUGAUCUUUACUCGUCCUUCAGGUAUCAUAAACUUGUUAAGAAAACAGAAAUAUAAUGCAGAUUACUUCUUGUCGGCCAAAGAAGGAGCUGAUACCCUGGCUUAUGUUGCACUACUUGAAGAAAAACUUUAUCCUGCUUUGCUCUACACUUUCUGGGUGGAUUCAGAGAACUAUUGCAAUAUGACAAGACCAUGGUUUGCUGCCAGAAUCCCAUUUCCUCUGAACUUCUAUUUGCCAGGGAAAAUGGCUAGGGCAGCACUGAGGCGGAUCUUGCUUACCAGAGGAGCGCCUCCGCUUUAUAAUCUAAGUGAAGUGGAAAUGCAGAUUAACAAAGAUGCCAAGGAAUGCCUAAAUCUUUUAUCAUACAGAUUGGGAAUGCAGCAGUUUUUCUUUGGAGACAUACCCACAAGCCUAGAUGCAUUUGUCUUUGGCUAUAUCGCACCUCUAUAUAAAGCUUGUUUGCACAAUUCUCAUUUACAGCUGCACCUGAAACAGCUUCAUAAUCUUUGUAAAUUCUGUGACAGCAUUUUAAGUACCUAUUUCACCUCAGAGAUACAACAGAAACUAGAAGGCUUAUCUCCAGCUAUGCAAGAUACAGUAGAUGCAAAUCUGCAGAAGCUGACGCAGCUUGUUAACAAAGAAUCCAACUUGAUUGAAAAGAUGGACGAUAAACUGCGUCAAAGUCCUCAGCAUCGUCCAAUACAGACAGCAGUGCCGAAACCAGCUGCUGUUAGUGACCAAAGCAAUUCCACACAAUUUGAUAUGUCUUAGCUAUUUCACUGCCAGAGGAACCCUCAUUAUCUGGACUGCUGAAGGAAUAAUAAACAUUCUGCAACACUCAUUUCGAAGGGAGAAAUUCACCUUGUAAAUAAAUGAAGUAGAUUUAUGGAUGAACAUGCUUUUAGGAAAUUGUAUACAGUGAUAUAUGCUAAAAUAUAGAUGUGAGAAUUACAUAUGGAUAGCUAUAUGUAGGUGUGUAAAUUGCUGUGAUAAUGUUACAAAAUGCCUUAACCAUGACAGAUUGAAUGAUUUAUUUAUAUUUCUGUACUUAAUUCUGGUAAUUGCUGGCCAAAGGAUAAAUUCUUGUGGUCAGAUGUGUGUGUGUGACUUUUACAGAGAUGCAUCAGUGGCAUUUGGAACUUGAACCUUCCACUAUAUGAAUAUAGAGAUGCUGAUUGUACAGGCUGUCAGCCUCACUUUAUAUGGCUGAAAUUGGUUAAAAGUUACUUGCAUUCAUUAAGGAAGGAUAUAUAGCACCUUGUUCUCUACAUAACAUUCUCUCCUCAUAUCACCACAUAUCUCUUGGGGAAUGAGUUCUUCAUCAGAGAAAAUUGAAACUCCCUUGUUUAGUGUUACACAUGCUCCCAUACUGUCAUUAGGCUGCAGCGUCUUUUGGUUAUAAGAUUUAUUUAUUUUGGAAAAGAGAAAAAAAAUUAAUUUUGUAUCUCCCUCUCAAAUUAUUUGCUUCCACAGUUAAGUGACCUGAAGCAUGUUUUGAAGCAAGGGCUACUCAGGACUGUGAAAUUACUUUCUGAUGGCUGUAAAUAUACUUGACUAACCUCAGACCUAGAAUGUAACAAGGAAUUACUAUUUUUAUAUAUGUCUGAAAUCUCGUCUUUGUGUAUAUUAGGAAAUUAUAUGAAAUAUUUUGUGUAAAACUGAUUAUUUAAAGGCACUUUGUUUUCCAUGGUCUUAAGAUACAAAACAUUUAUUAUGAAAGUCUAUAGUGGGUUUUUAUUGUACGUAGACAAUAAAUGCCUUUUAUCAUGAGGCAUGUUGUACUGUCCAAGUAACUAAUGAAUAUGAUAUUGGCAAUAUUAAGUGAUCUAUUUUACUACUAGACUACAAUUUGGUAUGGCUAAGCCUUCCGAAAUAUCACUGGAAAUCUCUUUCCCUACUUCAUGCAAGGUGAUUGCUCAGUUGUUUAUAUGAAGAACUGAUGUUUAUUAGUUGAAAUUCUACACUACACAGCUUUGUAUUAAAUCUGAAAUUCUAAUGAUUAUGUUCUUUAUUAGUAAAGAUAUUUCCAGAAAAGAGUGGUAAUGUCUAAAAACAUAAGAUACAUUAACCUUUGCUCUUGAAAUGAUUGUGAUAUCACAAAUAAGGGCUCCAGAAAGCAGAUAAGUGUGUGAGUGAAGGUAAUUUUCAUUUAAAUACCUUUACUUUGGAGAAAUGUGUAGCUCUCCAGCAGAUAAAGGCUGCUUGGUUUGCAUAACUUGCACCUUUAUGUCUAUAAGUAUGUAAUGUACUUUGCCUACCCUCAUCCUUCUGCUGAUACUCCUUUAUUCAGAAUACUUGGAUAAUUGGUUCAUUCCAGGUAUAGAACAGUUACUAAAACGUAUUACAGUAAAAUCUUUUUAUGCUCAUA